AUGCUCCUUUACCUGCUGGUCAUCACGGUUGCCGUCGGCCUGCUGCCAGGCCAGUCAGAUAAUGUGGAGGACAACAGCCAGUCAGAUAAUGUCUCAGUGUCAACAUGGAUGACAUGUCUCAGUGUCAACAUGCAGGACAAAAGCCGGUCAGAUAAUGUGGAGGACAAAGGCCAGUCAGAUAAUGUCUCAGUGACAAUGUGCAGGACAAAGGCAGGUCCAAGUGCUCAGUACACCGCAGACUUUGACGCCAGCAGCUGUCCCAUUAACUAUUAUGGAGAAACAUACAACAUGCUUUACGUGGACAUUGAUGGAGGUGUGGUGGAUGUUUGUUUGGAUGAACACCAAGGCUUGGACUGCUUCCAUAUUGUGCACAGCGAGCCGCAAAAUGCAGCCGUAUCGUCCUUCAUGGUGGAAGCGGCACCUGGAUCAGAUUUUCAUACCGCGCUGCCACAGCUCACUGGGACGUCAUCGUGCUACACUGUCUUGGAACUGAAAAAAGACAACGGCAACAGUGUGUUUGCUGUCUUUUUCCGUACAUUUGGCUAUCAAGGAACUUUGCUUUUAAAUCUGUUCGAAGUCAACCUGGAUGCGGAUGUGAUGGUCAACGGUGUCAUAGUGGACCACUGGGAGUCCACUCAAAGCACAAACUACCGUCUGGUGAGCGGCUGCAGGCACGAAGAUGAACUUCAUCUUCCUGACACAACAGGAUGUGACACCAUGGGCGCCUUUUUGAAUUGUAACACCACAGCCUACCUGAACAUCACUACUCAGCCCAAUGACUACUGUGUGAAAGAUGUCACAUUGUGCACGGUCAGCGGAUCCACCAUCAUCAACCGUGGGGGCACCACUUCCGUCUACGAUCACUGUGCCUACGAUCUCUUGGAGGACAUGACCGUGCAAGUAGUGGGCGUGUUCAGAGAGCGCCGUCGCAAAGAUGUGAUGUUUUUGGACCAAGUGGCCAUUAACCUAGGUGACAUCAACAUUUACCUGGGCCAAAGCGGGAAAGUUAAGGUUAAUGAAGACUACGUGGACCUGGGAAAUACAUCUGAGAUCCAUCAUGGGGUGGAGCUCUACAAGGAUGACACUGGGGUCUCUGUCAUGUUGUCACACAACAUGUACAACACCACGCUCUACUUUGACGGCCACUCUGCCCUUGUCUACACCGUGGGUGCUGGCUGGGUUCUAAAAGAGGAUGUUGCUGAAUAUCUGGAUGGUCUGUGCGUCAACACCAGCAUGACUUUAAGUGAGGCAAAGUCGUCUCAUUUGAGCUCCGAAGGCUGUGAGAUGCAGUACAGCGAGCCAGCAGAUGAGUCCAUCAACUGCACCGUAGUAACUGAACACUGUCAACUUCUGAACGGCUCUGACUUCGCCGACUGUCACGCGUACGUCGACCCAGAACCGUACAUUGCCGCCUGCAUCCGUACCAAGUGCAACUACACGGAUUUGGAUGGUGUCAAGUGCAUGUUUCAUGAGGCCUAUGCCAAAGCCUGCAGCCUGAAGAACCACUCAGUGGAUGGCUGGAGGUCCAAUGCACACUGCCCUCCGCAUGAGAUCUUCUGUCCAGAUAAUCACUGUGUGUAUCACGAGUUCUGUGCUGACAGCAUCAAUGGUCAAACCGCUUGCUUCUGUCGGGCCAUUUUCGCCUCUGAAUACAAAAUGAAUGACUCUGUGGGUAAUCCGGCGGUCUGUAUGGACAACACUGCUUCACUCACUGUGGUUGGUUGUCUCCUGGAGGAAAGGGGCAUCGACUACACUAAGCUCCACCUCAACGACGAGUCUUGUCGAGGUCACAAGGACAUGGACAACAUGGUCAACUUCAACUUCAAUACCAGCAACAAUUGUGGGGCAGUGAUCACGGUCAACGACAGCAAAAUACUUUACAAGAACUCCGUCAAGAGACAGAACAUGACCACACCUGAUGGCAUCAAGCGCUACGACUCCUUCCAUUUGGACUUCUCCUGCUUCCAAGAUCAGCCAGACCUCAAUGACAUGACAUUCAGAAUCAAAGACAACUCUGUCAUCCAGAGGAUCAUGUCUGGAUCUUUUGAAUACAUCCUGAACAUGACCACCUACAUGGACUCCAAUCACACUCGGGCUCUGGAUGUGGACACAGAAAUCCUGCUGAAUGAGACCAUCUUUGUGGAGCUGACGACAGAGGGCCUGGAUGAGAAUCUCCUGUCUGUGGUCAUCGAAUCGUGCUGGGCAACGAGCGGGCAGUCACCCACCGAAGGUCCCAUGUACCACCUGAUAAUUGAUGGGUGUCCAAACUCUGAGGAUGAUACGGUGAGAGUUGAUGUAAACGGACUGGGUACGUCCAGCUCCUUUGCCUUCAACAUGUUCCAGUUCUAUGAGGACCGCUUUGACAUCUACCUACACUGCAAAAUCCACCUGUGUUUGAAGGAGAACCAGAUCUGUAGCCCAAACUGCAGCAAUUCAAAGCGAAGACGCAGGUCUGUCAAGCCGCAAUACGCCGACAAAACACCCAGCCUCAUCAGUAUGACCUGGACUAAAUAGGUUGUGUUCAUGUCGUCUCAAAGAGAGUGGACCUUCAGAAUGAUUCCACACAUGGUAGUCCUGAUUGGAAUGUGUUUUUAGAAACUAAGUUUGCUUUGCUAUGACGCCACUUAUGACUGGAAAUGUUUGUUUGGCAGGCUCUGCCUGUCCAAUAUCUACUAUAUUACUAUAACACGGUGAAGGGGAAAUGAAGUGCUAUGUCUAUAGAAGUUCUACACUGCGAAUCAAUCAUCACAUGUUGUGCAGCACAUAAGAGUGCUAAAAUAUUUCAUGUCAAGCUUGUUGUACUUGGCAGGUUCAUUCUUGUCGUGGUUGUGUACGACAGCAUGCAUAAAUAG